AUGGAGCGCCGCACCACUCGUUCCUCUGCGCGCCAAGCCGCAUUGCUUGCCACAAACGCGCAAUCUACACUAAAACUAGCUGCUCAGGAAAACUCUAGCAAUGGCACUCCAAAAGUCCCGGUCACCGUGCCAAAGAAACGAGCAGCGGCCCAGAAAAAAGCCACCGAGAAAACCAAACAACCUGCUGCCAAACAACGCAAGACAGUUAAAACUAAACCCGCCACGCCCACUCCAAAGGCAGACCCAGCCAACGAGCUUCCCCACAACCUCGGUGCAGCCAUCACAGUGAUACAACCGACCGCUGCAGGAGCAGGAAACUCAGACGCCCGCUCUAGAACCGCAAAAGCGAAAACCACACCGCUAAAGACCGAAACUAGUCCUAAGAAAGUCAAAGCAGAGAUCCAGGACACAGUCGACAAAGCCACAGUUACACUGGCUGAGAAUGCAUCACCGAAGAAGGUCACCAAGAAGAAGACGAAUCUGUACGGCCUUACACCUGGCGUCAGUCCCUUCCCGGAUUGGGUCCAUCCCACCCCGCAGGAAUGUGAAGACGUCAAUCGUCUGCUUUCCACCGUGCAUGGGGAUAUCGUCGCACCGACGACUAUCCCGGAGCCCUCACUCACCGUGACGGGCUGUGGCGAGGUCCCGUCGGUCUUGGACGCGCUGAUCCGUACCUUACUGAGCGGGGCUACUACGGGGAAUAACUCGGCUAGGGCAUUUAGUGGGCUGGUGCAGCGGUUUGGGAUCUUGGAGGAUGGAAUCGGUAAGGGGAGCGUGAAUUGGGAUGCGGUACGGCAGGCCUCGCUGAAGGAUGUGUUUGAUGCCAUCAAGAGCGGCGGGCUGGCUGAUGUCAAGAGUAAGAAUCUCAAAGCCAUCCUGGAUAUGGUGCAUGAGGAGAAUCAGGAACGCAGAGAUACCCUCAUGAAGGCGGAGAAGAAGGAGAAUGAAAAGCCAGAUGGCGAUAGUGAUGGACCCGCAGCCGGUCUACCGACCAAGGACAACGGCAAAAAACAGUACGAGAUUGCAUGUGCCGAUCAGAACGUCCUCUCCCUGAACCACCUGCAUAACUUGAGCACGGAACAGGCGAUGGUGGAGAUGGUGAAAUACCCCGGCAUCGGUCCCAAAACCGCCGCCUGCGUGCUUCUCUUCUGUCUCCAGCGGCCCUGCUUCGCCGUGGACACGCACAUCUUUCGCAUCUGCAAGUGGCUCAAUUGGGUGCCUCCGACUAAGGCGUCGGAAGUCACGGCGUUCAGCCACUUGGAGGUGCGCAUUCCGGAUCAUCUCAAAUACUCGCUUCAUCAGCUGCUCAUUCGUCAUGGGAAGACUUGUCCGCGCUGUCGCGCCAUCACCGGGCAGUCUUCGGCGGGGUGGAAGGAAGGAUGCGUGAUUGAUCAUCUUGUUACAAGGACGGGGAAGAGGAAGGGAGCUCCGGUCGACUCGUCUACUGCGAGCAAAAAGAAAAGGGCUAGUCGCAAGGCUCAUUCAGAGACGGAUGAAUCGCAAUCUGAAUCUGAACUGAGUGAGCUCGAGACCUCAGAUUCUUCGGAAUAG